AUGGCGAAAGCACAUGGCCCACAAGAGCCCAGCACACAGUUUGUGUACAUUACAGAUGAUACUUAUACCAAGAAACAGGUCCUGAGAAUGGAGCACAUAGUUUUGAAAGUGCUUGCUUUUGACCUAGCUGCACCAACAAUAAAUCAGUUCCUUACCCAAUACUUUCUGCACCAGCCGUCUGCCAACUGCAAAGUUGAAAGUUUAGCAAUGUUUUUGGGAGAACUAAGUCUGAUAGAUGCUGACCUCUACCUAAAGUAUCUGCCAUCAGUUAUUGCUGCAGCAGCUUUUCAUUUAGCACUCUGCACAGUCACAGGACAGAGCUGGCCUGAAUCUUUAGUUCAAAAGACUGGAUAUACCUUGGAAAGUCUCAAGCUUUGUCUCAUGGACCUUCACCAGACCUACCUCAGAGCACCGCAGCAUGCACAACAGUCAAUAAGAGAAAAGUAUAAAUGUUCAAAGUAUCAUGGUGUUUCUCUCCUCAACCCGCCAGAGACACUAAAUGUGUAA